UCACUUCUAAGUACAAUGGCUGUUUGGUGCUGGACGCUGCUUUUUCCUGCUCUUGCUGUUAUUCUCUUCUCUCCUCUGCGUUGUGCUUCCCAAAAAGUUCCAAACUACAGAUUUAUGCACAAUGCAACGACAGCAGCAAACAUUUCACACUAUGACUACAUCGUAAUAGGAGGAGGCACAGCAGGUUGCCCUUUAGCUGCGACUCUGUCCCAAAAUUACAGCGUGUUGGUGUUGGAACGCGGUGGGUCACCCUAUGGCAACCCCAACAUCACAAACUUAGGAGCCUUUGGUGCUGCCCUCUCUGACACAUCCCCUACCUCUCCCGCUCAGCGUUUCAUCUCUCAAGACGGUGUCAUCAACUCAAGAGCUCGAGUCCUUGGUGGCGGUAGUUGUUUGAACGCUGGCUUUUACACUCGUGCUAGCCCUCAAUAUGUCAGGGAAGCGGGUUGGGAUGAAAGGACAGUGAAAGAAUCAUACGAAUGGGUGGAGAAGAAGGUGGCGUUUGAGCCACAGGUGCAGCAGUGGCAAUCAGCUGUGCGGGAUGGAUUGUUGGAGGUGGGAGUGGUACCCAACAAUGGCUUCACUUAUGAUCAUAUUGAUGGGACUAAGGUAGGGGGCACCAUCUUUGACGAGCAUGGUAACAGGCACACCGCUGCUGAUCUUUUGGAAUAUGCCAACCCCACUGGAAUCACUGUGCUUUUACAUGCCACCGUGCAUAGGAUCUUGUUUAGAAUGAAAGGUACUUCAAGGCCCAUGGCCCAUGGAGUGGUGUUCAGGGAUGCAUUGGGGCGUAGACACAAGGCGUACCUGAAGCCCGGGCCGAAGAACGAGAUAAUUGUUUCGGCGGGUGCACUUGGAAGCCCCCAACUUCUAAUGUUGAGUGGAAUUGGGGCAGCAGAGCAGCUUAAGAGGCAUAACAUAAGAAUAACAUUGGAGCAACCAUUGGUAGGACAGGGAAUGUCAGAUAACCCAAUGAACGCCAUAUUUGUGCCUUCUCCUGUACCCGUAGAGGUGUCGCUAAUUGAGAUUGUUGGCAUCACCAAUUUUGGGAGCUACAUUGAAGCUGCCAGUGGUGAAAACUUUGCCGGUGGUUCCCCAAGAGACUACGGAAUGUUCUCCCCCAAGAUUGGUCAACUGUCCACGGUGCCCCCAAAGCAAAGGACAGCAGAAGCCCUGGCAAAGGCAACAGAAAUGAUGGAGAGUCUUGACGAAGCAGCCUUCAGAGGUGGAUUCAUCCUGGAGAAAAUCAUGGGUCCAAUAUCAACGGGUCAUUUGGAGCUCCGAACCCGUGAUCCAAAUGAUAACCCGUUGGUGACCUUCAACUACUUCCAAGAUCCACGAGACUUAGAGAGAUGCGUCAAAGGCCUUAGCACCGUGGAAAAGAUAAUAGAAUCCAAGGCAUUCUCUCCAUUCAGAUACCAGAACAUGCCACUGUCCAUGCUUUUGAACUUGACCGCAAGUUCCCCUGUUAACUUGUUGCCCAAACACAUCAAUUCCUCAUUGUCUCUCCAGCAGUUCUGCAAAGACACUGUCAUGACCAUUUGGCAUUACCAUGGUGGCUGCCAAGUUGGCAAAGUCGUUGAUAGAGACUAUAAAGUUCUUGGUGUCGACGCUUUGCGUGUUAUUGAUGGUUCCACCUUUAACUACUCUCCCGGAACUAAUCCUCAGGCCACUGUGAUGAUGCUUGGCAGGUAUAUGGGAGUCAAAAUAUUGAGUGAGAGACUUGGUGCAGCUGCUGAUGAAACAGAAGCAGCUGUGUAGUGUUUCUCUGUUAGAGGUUUUCAUCAAAAGGUGUCAUCAUGUCACCGAGGAAAAACCAAUUCUUGCGAGAAUCUAAUUUAUGAAGAAACGUUACAGUGAGAACAAUAAGAAAUCAAACAAUAUUCAUGUAAUUGAUGAAUUUAAACCAACAGUGGUAAAAGAAAUAUUCUUUUCUUGUU